CUGCCACCCCCCAAAUUCAAUCCCAAAGCGACCCGUCAAAUCCAGAAUCCUUCUGAAUCCUGCCCUUAUUAGUUCUUAUGUCCUGUGUGUACGAAGUACUGUGACCACGCCCACCGCUACCAGCGUCAAGGAAACUUCUAGUUGCCCACAGCUCAGCGUCAGCAGCCACAACAGGCAGACGGACAACGUCCUGACAUUGCCCCCGUCUCCGUCCCCUACGGCUAGCCAAGGGACAGGACGGUGCGUGAGAGAGCCUCGGACAGUCCCUCGCCUCUCCCCGUUCCCAUCCCCCGUUCCCACUCUCAUUCCGCAUCCACCUACCUGCACCUGCGCUGCGCCCUACUACCUGCAUUCCGCAGAUGGGACCCUGCUCGGACAACAACUUGACCCGGUUUAGAUCGACUCGACUGUGAAUCACGACAACCAACACUGUAUCUGGCCUUCCAAGGUUGUGUCCUGUCCUGUCUCCGUUUCUGAGCCCUGUCUUCCACGCCCUCGACCGCGCGGGAAGCCCCUCCGUUGGCGCUGACCGUUCAAUCUCUUCCUCCGUUUACCCUCCCAGGCUCACGGAGACUUUGUUCACCGGUUCAACCGUGCCCACCCUUUCGUGUUCUCUUCCUUGACUAUCACUUCCACGUCAUUCUCACAGAGACGACCCCCAUCUCCAAGCCAGGGAAUUCUCUCGACCGGACAAAGAAAGCUACGCCCCCGGCAGGUUCCCACGUCGCCUGCUUGGACUGGAGCCUCCUGUACAACCUCUCCUUGCAGCUGGCCGUCCUGCCGUGUCAAGCCCCCAAGAUCGUUUGCGCCCUGCGCCGGAGCCAAGACUAAGGUCCAGACUACUGUGGCACGCCAGUGGCGAAUUCCCACACCCCAAACCAGAGGACGGGGAAAGACCACCACUUCAACAACAGUAGUCGUCUCGACUCCUUGCUCCACCCAGCCCGACCAAGUCUAACCUCACCCUGAGCUGGCUCUCCUCGCCGCCCUCGUCCACAGCUCACGUUCGCGAUGGCCUCCAACGGCAAUCCCCACGACUUUGUCCUCACCCCCCAGCAGCAGAGUCUGCUCUUCGCUGCCCUCAACUCCAACAGGCAGCCUGCCCCUGGCAACAUGAACAUGUCCCCGGUAUCCUUUGGCGGCUCCCCGACCCAGGGGACUGACGGUAGUGCCUUCGAAACGAGUCCUUUCCUCGACUACGAUUAUGACAUCAAUGGCGACUCCAGUUUUGACUUCAGCUUUGCCGAUGGGUCCAACGCUAAGAUGAUUGGCGACCUGCCCGGAGCGGCCGGCAGUGACAAAUCCGGCUCCGAGAACAACGACACCGAGAAGAGGAGCCACCCCGACGAUGAGAACGAAGAUGACGGAGGCGAUGCCAAGAGGCAGGAGACUGGGGAGAAGGUUUCCAAGAAGCCAGGCCGCAAGCCUCUUACCACUGAGCCUACCUCGAAGCGUAAGGCCCAGAACAGGGCUGCGCAGCGCGCAUUCCGAGAGCGCAAGGAACAGCACCUCAAGAACCUCGAGACCAAGGUCGAGGAGCUGGAGAAGGCUUCAGCACAGUCCAACCACGAGAACAGCGUGCUGCGAGCCCAGGUCGAGAAGAUGACCGCCGAGUUAGCCGAGUACAAGAAGAGGGUCUCUCUGAUGGUGAACAACCGGGCCCCUAGCAUGUCCAACGGCCAACGGCCCACAUUUGGCCAAGCCGUUAUCAACAACUUGAACGAUGUCAACUUCCAGUUCGAGUUCCCAAAGUUUGGUCAGCUUCCAGGCCCCUCGCCAGCUGCCCCCAACUCCGCCUCUGCCAACGGUCGCACAUCCAACUCUCAGUCGCCUAGCAACACCCGCAGCCCUAGCGAACUGGCCAGCCCCUUGGAACAAUCUGCUCGUCACGGCUCGACGGGUUCCAAAUCAGCAAAUGGCCUGGACAACCAGUCCAAGGAGGACUUGGCCAACUUCUCCGGCAUCUUUAGUCCCCCCUUGACCAACAAUAACGUUGCGUCUGCAGGCCGCAGUCGGGCAGAGUCCAGCAAUAGCGGUGCGGCGACUACCACUUCAUCGCCCUCAGCCUCGUCAAACUCCCACGGCGGUCCAAGCUCGUCUUGCGGUACCUCCCCCGAGCCAUUCAAUCAGUCCCCGAUGGGCUUCAAGCCGGUUGAUACCCUGACCACCAUUGGUGAGGAGAAGCAUCCCUUCGGCAACAUGAACCAAGACUUCAGCCAGUUCGCCAACUUCGACAUGAAUGGUAUGAACAAUUUCAUGUCAUCGACCAACAACUUCCAGUUUGACCCACAGCUGUUCGGUGGCUACCGUGAGCCCCAAGAGAACAUACUGGGCAACACCUUUGAUGACACCUUCUUCAAUGAUGCCUUCGACGUUGACUUCACAACGCCUUACUUCGCCCCUAGCCCCGCACAAAAGAAGGACGAUCUCAUGUCAAGAAUUGAUGCCGCCAAGAAUGACGAUGCGACCGAGCUUGUACAGACCACUGACGGUCAGCUUCUGACCUGCAAUAAGAUCUGGGAGAAACUCCAGAGCUGCCCGAAGGUUCAGAACGGCGAUUUCGACCUCGACGGUCUGUGUUCUGAUCUUCAGAAGAAGGCCAAGUGUUCCGGGUCCGGGGCAGUGGUCGACGAGUCGACUUUCAAGAAGGUGAUGCAGAAGUAUCUGGGCAAGACCGACAAGGAAAUGGAAAACUGCCCAACUGAGAAGCUCAAGAUGGAGCAAAUGGCCGAGCAGCUUUCGGCUUGAUGGGCCUCGUCGGCAUCUCAAGUAUAACCUCAACACAUGGAAGCACUCGCAUUACACCGGCAGAUAGGCACGGCAUGGAGUGGGCAUCGGCUGGACGGCUCUUGCCAGAUUGGCGCAACGGUAAUUUGCAAUACCCAAGGAGGGUUUCAAAACGGGGUUGGUUAUUGUUUAGCACUAUCGGAUCGGCGUUGUUCAAUUACAGGGAUUGAGGCUCCGGCCCACCUAGCAUUGAUGGAUAUCAGCCUGGCGAAGGGCCAUUUGGGUCACGAGGUGUAACGCUCACUGAGAAAAGAUGUGCUGGGAUAUGUUCUCGAGAACUGCCAUCUUCAGGUCGCGAUAGGUUUGAGCUGUUCAGUUAGUAUGAUAUCUGAUGGUUGAAUUUUGAUGAUUCCACCCAC